UAUUUAUAUAAAUAUAUAUAUAAAACGGUUUAAAUGAAGGCUUGUUACCUCAAUUGCUAGACUAAUAGGCACCACAGUUUUGUUAUAUUUUUGGAAUUCUAUUAUACCGUCAAAAGUUUAGUGUUAGAAAUAUGGAAAAUUCGGUAACAGCUAGUGAUAUUGAUACAGAUUUUUUACCUUUAAUUCAUGAUAUUAUUAAGAGUGGUGAACGAGAAAACCAUGAGCCACAAAAAUCGGCUCAAGAAAUUGCUGUUAAAAUACAGGAUUUACAAAAAAAAAUUGAUUUAGCUCGAGAACAAAUUCGAAAGCUUCCUGGAAUUCAAUACAACAGUGAACAGCAAUUAAAAGCAAUGGAUCAUCUUAGAUUAUCUCUACAGAUGAAAAGACAGCUUUUAUUAAAAUAUAGACAUAUGUAUUCAUUUGAUGUUCCUAAAUAUUAAUAACUGAUCUAAUUAACUGUAAUAAAAUUAUAUUUAGAAUUAUUAUUACUAUUUUUGUAUACAUAGUAAACUUAGUUUAAAAAAUAUUAUUUUUCUUGUUUAAAUACAUUUUUCAUAAAUUAUUUUAUUUUAUUGAAUUAAAAAAAUUAGUUAAUAAAUACUAUAUAUUAGAAUGUUUUAA